ACCAAACGGUCACUUUUUUUUUGGCCAGGCAGUGUGUAUAUAUUUUAUUUUACUUAUCCAACAAAGUAGAGGGGGAGGCAAUUGUGUGUGUGUGUGUGUGUAUAUAUAUACACACACUAUAUGUCUAUUAAUCGUAAUUUUCGGAAUAUUUAUGCGCGAGUAUGUCUCUUUAAGGCCUGAGUGAGUCAGCAGUAGCGCUCGUGUUUAGUUUUUGGAAACUGUGUUUUGCCAUCUUUUUGCCUCAUAAAUCCCAUUUAAAAAUAUUUGAGUCUAUUGCGCGUAGACUACCACUGGUAACUGACGUGGGAAUUUAACAUAGCUUACACUUACACUAACUAACGCAAACACAUUUUGUAACAUCCUCGGAUGAAUCGAAGUCCUGAAGGAAGAUAAGUGACAUAGCAAGGUCUUCAAAUCACUUCUUUGUGAACUGAAGUAAUAAACACCGCCAUAUAAGCAUGUUUAAAGGCAAAACGGCAUGGUUCUCCAGCAGUGUUGGACAGGGGAUAACCAGCUUCUGGGUGUCUGAGGGGGGCGCUGUUUGUUCCUGGAGAACAGCAGAUUACCUCUUCAGUGAUGAUGCUUCUGCUGAAGACACCACAAGCAUUUAUGACAGUGAGGACUAUAUGAAGAACAGGGCAACAGUUUUCCACAGCGACUUCCUGUCUACCUGUGAACUACGAGAGAGUGUUAAAUCUGUGCCUAUUGGCCACUAUGUUUUGCCGCCAUUCGCCAUCCAGAACGAAAUGAGAACACUAAUUGGAAGGUUUAUUUGGGAAAAAGAUGAACAGGUGACAUGUGAACAACAAAUGAAUACUGAUGUUUCUGAAGAAAACCUGUCUGAUAAGACUGAAGAUCAACCAGUGAGAAGAACAAACAGCCAGGAAGAUUGUCAGACUAUUGCAUCACCGAACAAUGUGUGUUUGUGCUGUGGGAUACAGCAGUAUCCUGUAAACAACAUGAUCUCAGGAUAUGUUCAGAUUGGCCAAAUGAAGAAGUAUUCAGGGGAACUGUAUGAUUUCCUUCCCUCCCUCCAUGGCCAUACCGUUUCAAGAAUCAAUGAUGAGACACUUCCGUAUUGUCGUUAAGAAAAAUAAUUUAACAUGCCUCAUGUAAAUUUGUGUCUCUUUGUUUAAUUGUUUUAUAUAGGUAUAUCUCACUGAUCGAAAUAUUUGUUGCCAUUUUAGUUUCUGCUCAUUUUAUAGUUAAUCUGCCUCCGCUGUUAUAUCUUACUUUUCCUAGCAGUAUGAAAUCCAAUCCCUGUAUGUGAAAAUAGCUGAUAAGACAUCGUUACAGAGAACAAAAAUAGUAUAAUUAUUAAAAUGAUGCUUGA